AUGCAUCUAACUCAGUUGAUUCCAACGUUUGGGCUGUUGGCUGUCGCCGUCAGCGCCGCUCCCACCGGUGGCUCAGCCUUUCCAAACAACUUUGACGGUGAUACCGCCGGACUCGGAGACUGGGCGAAGAAUGCCUUCGACGUAGCCAAAGGGGGUCUGCUGACUGAUGGGACUUGUACUCCCGACAAAGUGGUUGUCCGCAAAGAAUGGGGCGCCAUGAGUGCUGAAGAGCGCAUCUCCUACACCAAUGCUGUGCAAUGUUUACAAAGCAAGCCAGCACGCACGCCCUCCCAUCUCGCACCGGGUGCCAAAUCGCACUUCGAUGACUGGAUUGUAGCACACAUCAACCAAACCUUCAUCCAGCACUACACCGCCACCUUCCUCAGCUGGCACCGCUGGUACAUCUGGGAGUACGAGCAAGCCCUUCGCAACGAAUGCGGCUACAUCGGCCGGCAGCCCUACUGGGACUGGACCAAGACCGCCGAGACCGGUCUCGAAACCUCGCCCAUCUUCGACGGUUCAGCCACGUCCCUCGGUGGCAACGGCGAGUACAUCCACCAAACCGGCGACGUCGUGAUCGGCAACGUCGGCGAACACCCCGUCCUCCUCGCGCCAGGGUCGGGCGGCGGCUGCGUCAAACAAGGCCCCUUCUCCAACUACACGGUCAACCUGGGGCCCCUCAGCCUGUCGCUGACCAACGGCAGCAGCGUCGGCAGCUCGCUGACGGAGGACAAGAGCGACGACUUCUCGUGGAAUCCGCGCUGUCUGAAGCGCGACCUGAGUGAUGCCGUCAACAAGCGCCAUGCCAAUGCUACGGGCGUGCUGAACUUGCUGCGCAAGACCAAGGAUGUUUACGAUUUCCAGAUGACGAUGCAGGCGUAUCCCGGGACCGGCGAGCUCGGCGUCCACGGCGGUGGCCAUUACAGCAUCGGUGGUGACCCGGGGAGGGAUUUCUACGUCUCGCCGGGAGAGCCUGUGUUCUACCUUCACCACGCCAUGGUCGACCGCACGUGGUGGUUGUGGCAGAUGCAGGACCCGGCGGAGCGCACCCAAGGCCCCAAGGCCCUCAUGGGCACCGGCACCUUCCUCAACAGCCCGGCCAGCCCCAACAUCACCUACGACGACUGGACGGACCUAGGCUUCGUGACGGACAAGAAGCUCCAGAUCAAGGACCUCAUGAAGACCACCGCAGGGCCGUUCUGUUACGUGUAUGAGUAA